GUUUUCCACGAAAUUAAUAAUGUUAGGGUUCAGUUUUUUUCUGAACCACCACUUGGAGGUGAUGCGAUCUAAUGUUGGAUAGGCAACACACAUGUUGGUUAUGACAUGUGGGUCAUGCAAAAAAACUUUGUGGGAGACAGAUGUUGUUGGAUUUGAAACAAACUUACUAUGUAAAUCAUACGUACGUACGUGCCAAAUCAUUUUGAGGUAUAGCAUGCUAGUACAACCUUAGCUUUGGAAAAUGAUAUACUGUCAACAGUUUGAGUUGGAGAAAGACCCCUAGGCGUUCUAUAAAGUAAAUAGAGACUCUCUAAUUAAUACAGCAUCCAAACUUUUUUUUUAUCCUAUAUAUCUAGCUAGAUCCCACAUGCAGGCUGUACCAAGACCACCAAUUUUCAGCCCACUGAUCUGAUCGUCUGAUCUCUGGGAGUUGCAGUGAUCUCUCUGAUCUGUCUCUCUUUCAUUCUCAUGGCUGAGAUUGAUUAUCUUACAAAACCAAAUACCACCACGACCACCACACCUCUGAAGCUCUUUGGCUUCAACAUUCAGAACGUUUCUGAAGAAAACGACUCGGAUUCUAGCAAAUCCCCAUCUGGGUCACACGAAUCUGAAAUUUUCCAAUCCACCGAAGGCAGAAAAUACGAGUGUCAAUACUGUUGCCGCGAGUUCGCCAAUUCACAGGCAUUGGGGGGCCAUCAAAACGCCCACAAGAAAGAAAGACAGCUACUAAAGCGGGCACAAAUGCAAGCAAGUCGAAACCAGAUGGCCGCCGCCUCACACCUUCGGAAAAACCCAAUGAUAUCAGCGUUCACGCCACCAGCACACCUCCUUGGUCCAGCGGCGGGGACGCCGCCACAGGCCCCUUCGUGGUUUCUCAUGUCUCAUGCAGGUACAGCAACUCCUUAUGCCCUGCCAAGCGGUGGCGUGUAUCAUUCUGGGGCGACCUCGAUGCCUGGAAGGCGUUUCUAUGCCGGGGAAGUUGAGGAGUCCAUGAUGGCAGUUUUCUCUCAUGGCGUCGGCAACCAUGCCGGACUUGUCCCUGGGAGUGGGUUCGCCAGAGACGGUGGAGGUUCUCACUUUGAUAAGAGUUUGGGCCUGAAUUUGCAACUCGGUCUUGGGCCUACUGGACCAUGAUUUGGGUUUGAGCCAAGCCCACCUUAGAGGUUAGGAGACCUGGGCAUGUGAAUUUUCAAUUUUCCAACUUACAAGAGUGAAGCAAUUUCAUGUACAUCCUACGCAGAAAAGAACAAAAAAAGAAAAUUUAUUUACCACUUUCUUUUGUUU